ACUCAGUUGGACUUCCUCUCUCCAUCCCUCUGUCGACAACCCAUCGCGAUCCUCGCCCAUCGCCCAUCAUGUCGCUCGUGACCGGCGAGAAGACGAACUUCCAGUUCAUCUUGCGUCUGCUCAACACCAAUGUUGACGGCAAGCAGAAGAUCAUGUACGCGCUGACCCAGAUCAAGGGUGUCGGUCGCCGUUACUCCAACCUGGUCUGCAAGAAGGCCGAUGUCGACCUCACCAAGCGUGCUGGUGAGCUCACCACCGAAGAGCUCGAGCGCAUCGUGACCAUCCUUCAGACCCCCACUCAGUACAAGAUUCCCUCGUGGUUCCUCAACAGACAGCGCGACAUCACCGACGGCAAGGACACCCAGGUUGUUUCCAACGGUCUUGACUCCAAGCUCCGUGAGGAUCUUGAGCGCCUCAAGAAGAUCCGCUCUCACCGUGGUCUGCGUCACUACUGGGGCCUCCGUGUCCGUGGUCAACACACCAAGACCACUGGCCGCCGCGGUCGCACCGUCGGUGUCAGCAAGAAGAAGGGCUAAAUUAUUCUGUUCGUUUUUUUUUGCCGGGGGUUCUUGGAGGGAUUCCGUUAUUUCCGGUGUGUUUCUAUGGGCAGCACUCGUGGGAUCUUUUCCC